ACGUCACGUCACGUCACGUCACGCUGCUAGCGCUCCGCGUCGGUUAUAGCCUGACGACUCCUUUUCGCACCCGGCUCCUCCCUCCCCCACCUGCCCGCCUCUCGCUCCGAAGCUUCUCUCCUCUCGCGUCUCGUACCAGGAGGAAGGGGGACGGGAGAGACCCAGGGAGCGGAGGCGUGCGAAGCUCGCUUCGCGUGCGCGUGCUGCGGUCUGCGGGGAGCGGGAGAUUGGGCCCUGAGCUAGGGUCUGGGACUGGGAGGCGGAGAUGUCGACGCCGGCGAGGAAGCGCCUGAUGCGGGACUUCAAGCGGCUGCAGCAGGACCCGCCCGCCGGCAUCAGCGGCGCGCCGCACGACAACAACAUCAUGCUCUGGAACGCCGUCAUAUUCGGGCCGGAUGACACGCCGUGGGAUGGAGGCACGUUCAAGCUGACUCUGCAAUUUACAGAAGAUUACCCCAACAAACCUCCAACUGUUCGGUUUGUUUCGAGGAUGUUUCACCCAAACAUCUACGCGGAUGGAAGCAUCUGUUUGGACAUCCUACAAAAUCAGUGGAGCCCUAUAUAUGAUGUUGCGGCAAUACUGACCUCUAUUCAGUCCCUGCUGUGUGACCCAAACCCAAAUUCUCCUGCUAACUCUGAAGCAGCCAGAAUGUUCAGUGAGAACAAGCGUGAGUACAACCGCAAAGUUCGCGAGGUUGUGGAGCAGAGCUGGACAGCCGACUAAAACUUUAUCCGCUCCACCAGAUGGUGCAAAUAAGCACCUGCCUUUCCUGCUUUGUCAGUCUGUAUUAUCGUCUUAAACCGUUAAAUAUCCUCAGCUACUGUUGUGUUCUUGUGGUUCAGUCCCCUGUUGUACUGUUGCCUGCCGGUUUCCUAAUGUAGUGAAUGGUUUCGUGGACUGGAGUAUUGGUGCGUAUGUAAAGCCAAGUUGUUGCUAGGUUUGCAGUAAUAACCUCAUAUGCUUCUUUCUCGCUGCA